UUUUUAACGGUUUCUCCUAUAUUUUUUUAGGGUUUAUCAAAAUCGUAAAAUUUUGUAUCUUUUUGAUAACCAUUUAAAAUAAGCAUUAAAUUUCACGAAUUUCAGUUAAAAGCAUAUUGCGAAUAUUUAUAUUAUAUAUUUAGGGAAAAGAAGCUAUAGAAUAUACUUUUUUUCCAUGAUUAAUAAGAUUAUACUGAUAGCAAUAUUAAAUUUAAUCGCUCUUACAUAUGGAAAUCAAAGUCUAGACUUAAGUAUUAGAAGCUCUCAGGCAGGCUCAAUAAAUCCGUCGUUUGGAAGUUUUAUUGACGAAGAAGAAAUUUAUGCUUUUAUUUUAAAAGAAAAUUAUAAUGAUGAAAACAAAUGCAAAGUAAAACUUGAAGAAUAUUGUAAAGAAUUGAAGGAUAUAGAUCCGGAAUUUAAUAAAGUGGAUAGUAAGGUUAAGGAAAUUUGUAAUAAUAAUAAUAAAGGGCAAAAAUGCAAAGACCUAAAAACAAGUCUUGAAAAAAAAUUAUACAAAUUUAAUAAUGAAAUUAAUAAUCAUUUAAAAUCUUAUCCAUCAGGUUUUGGAGCUUGCAGCGAAUAUUUUAAAAAAUGUUUGCUUUUGGGUGAUAUAAAUGAACCUGAUACUAUAAAUACCUGCAAUGUCAUAAAAUAUUUAUGUUAUAUUAAUUUUACUGAAAAACCGAAAAAACAAAUAAUUUUUAGAAUUGUUGGUGAAAGUAUUACUAAUUACGAUGAUUUUAAAGAAAAAAUGAAAAAAAUUUGUCCAUUAUUUAUUCAACAAGGUAGUGAUUUACUCUUUAAUUGUCUUGAAAUUGAAAACUCUUAUAAACAAUUCGAUACUUAUAUGAGAUAUUUUUGCAGCUUUCUCAAUAUUAACCUUGAUGACAAUUUAUUGAAAGAAAAAUGUUACGAAGAACUCAGAAACUGUUAUUUUUUCAAAAAUAAAUGUGAAGAAAAAUGUAAUAAAUUGAAGGUGUUAUGCGAGAAAAAGAAUAUUACAUAUAGGCCUCCAGAAAAAAUUUUUAGUCCAAUUGAGCCAGAAGCAACGUUCUUAGAGAAGAUUGAUAUAGAAGGUUUUUACAAAGAAAUGAGAGAUAAAGGAAAUGCUAUUGGAUUUUUUAAAAAUACACUAGAUGACAUGUUAAUCUAUUUGUCUACAGGAGUCUCUGGUUUGGAGGAAAAUAAAUGCAAGAAUCUAUUAAAGAACAACUGUUCUUUUUUUGAAUUUCUGAGUCCAGAAUUUAAGGAAUUAUGUCAAGAUAACAAAGAACAAAAAUGCAAAGAUAUAUUAGAAAUAUCAGAUAGAUGUAGAAAGCUUAAAUUGAUACUUUAUCUAAAUGGAUUUUCUACAGAGUUUGAAGAUAAUAAACUAGGGAAAAAUAUCCCUUGGAAUAAGCUUUCAACAUCAUUUAAUGAAAGAGAAUGUUUAAAAUUUACUCUAGAGUGUCUUUUUAUAAGAAAAUCAUGCAAAAACAAUCUCAUUGAAGGAUGCAUAAAUCUACAAUUAGCAUGCUUUAAAAAGCAACAAGAACGACAAUUUAUUAAAUUAAUUGAAAGUAAAUUGGUCGAAGAACAAUACAAUUUAAAAUCGAAAGAUGAAAAGCUUAAAAUAUGUCAAAAAAUAGUAAUGGAGAAGUGUGUAGCACUUUUAAAUAGUAAUAUUGAGAACUUUUUAAAAUGCCUUCGACCAAAAGAAAUAUGUCUUGGACUUGAAGAAAUUAUUUUUGUUCGAUCGAAAGAGUUAGAACAAGCUUUAGAUCAAGCACGGGAUUUUCCUAAAGAAGAAGACUGUGUUGAAUUGAAAAAGGAAUGUGAAGGUAUUUUGAAGGAUUUAGGUUCAAAUAAUGUAAAGUGUGUUACAUUAAAAGAGCGUUGUAAAUAUUUGGAAGUUACAAAAGAACUAAAAUAUGAUUUUUUAAAAGAUAAAAGUGAUUCGUUAAUGAAUAUUCAAAAUUGUAUGAAAGCUUUGAAGGAAAAAUGUGAUGGAUUGUUUAAAAGAGAAACUAAUGCAUUUGGUGUUUCAUGUGCUUUACCAGAAGAAACAUGUAAAUUUAUGGUUUCAGAAGUUGAAAACCAUUGUAAUGCUUUUAAAAACAACAUAGAAAAACAUGAUAUUGUAAAUAAAAGUAAAAAUGGGAAUGAAACAUUGGUUGAAGAAAUCUGCAUAUUAUGGGAUCCAUAUUGUGAUGAACUUAUGGAAAAUUGCCCAGAUAAGUUGAAAAAAGGAGACAAUGGGAAUGAAAAAGGAGUCUGUUUACAACUGAAAGAGAAUUGCAGACCAUUCUUUGAAAAGUUGAAAUUGGAGGAUGAGUUGACGCAUGAAUUGAAAGGUAGUUUAAGCAAUGAAACUGAAUGUAAAAAAGCAUUGGGAAAGCAUUGUAGUGAGCAGAAAAAUUCAGGGAAUCAGAAAUUCAAUAGUUUUUGUAAUACUGAUAAAGAUAAGGAUGUUGAGGAAAAAGCUUGCAAAAAGUUGGUUGAAAAAGUAAAAGAAAAAUGUCCAACCUUAGAAAGUGAACUGGAUAAAGAGAAAGAUGAAUUAAAGAAGAAGAAAGAUGAAUACGAAAAGGUGAAACAGGAAUCAGAAAAAUUUACGAAGGAAGCUAAGUUAGUAUUAUCAAGACUUGGGAAAGAUGGACAAGAUGCAGGAUCAAAGGUGCAGAAUACCAGUGCAGCUGAACCAGCGGCACCACCAGGAGGAGCACCAGCACCAGCAGUGCCAGGAGGAUCAACACCAAGUGGAGGGGCAAACACGAAUAAUGUUAUACUUGUUCGAAGAACAUUUGUAAGUGGAGAAGUAUCAGAAGCAGAAAAGAAGGCAUUUGUUGCAACGACGAGAGCAUUGGAAUUGUAUUUAGAAUUGAAAGAGAAAUGUAAAGGUUUACAAGGAGACUGCGGGUUUAGAAAGGAUUGCCCGAAGUGUGAAACGGUCUGUACAGAAAUAGACAAGUUGUGUGAAGGAAUAGAAGGAUUAAAAGUUACACCGUAUUAUACGGUGACAUCAACGGCGAUACAGACAACGACGACGACAGCAAUGACAACGACGACGACGACAACAACAACGACGACGACGACGACAACGACAACGACGGCAACGACGACGACGACAACGACAACAGAGUCGGUAGAUGGAGGGAAGGUAACCGAAGAAUGUACAUUAGUUCAGACGACAGAUACAUGGGUGACGAGUACAUCGUUGCAUACGAGUACGAUGACAAGUACAUCUACACUGACAUCUACGGUGACAUUGACGUCGAUGCGAAAAUGCAAACCUACGAGAUGUACAAGUGAUUCAAGUAAAGAAACAGAAACACAAAAAGAGGAAGAGAAAGAGGAAGAAGUGAAACCGAAUGAAGGAAUGAAAAUAAGAGUUCCGGAAAUGAUAAAAAUCAUGUUGUUGGGAGUGAUUGUUAUGGGAAUGUUGUAA